AUGAAUUCAGAAUUGGGAUCCAUCUCAGAACGUGCUCCUUUAAAAACUUAGCCGACUCUUCCAAAAUAAUAGCUAAGGCCAGCAUUCUUAAAGACGGUUAAUUUGAAAACUAUACACACUAAUAGAAUGAACUCAUUUCAAAAUAAAAUCUGGAGAGAUAGAGCACUUUUAGUACUAAUCUAAGUACUUCGCUUUAUAUCGCUUAUUACUCGCAGUCCCUUUGCAUCAAAAUUCUCUUUAUUAGAUAGAAAUAUGUUUAGAAUUAUUGGGGAUAAAGCAGCUGAUUUUAAUUAUUACCUACUCCAUGAUUAUUUUAAAUAUAUGAAACCCGAAUAAUCCUCUCGCGUCAAAUAUUUCUUACAAUAGCACCUUUAUAAGAUUUGUUACAUGAAAGGAGUCAUGGAUUAUAUGACCAAUUUAAGGCUCAUCUUUGAACCAGAGUCCAUUUUACUACUGUUAUGGAAUAUUCUGUAACUCAUAACCAUCAAUUUAAACAUACUGUAUAUAACUGUUAAAUUUUCUUUUGAUUUUGAAAACUAUCCACCUGAAAGUUAUCAAUUUUGUGAAAUUUUUCUAUUCAAAGUCCCCUUUUUUUUAUAUUUGAUAGAUAUCCUUAUUUAACUUAACACAUGCUACUACGAAGCAGGCUAUCUAGUUAAGGAUAGAAAUAAGAUUUGGUACAACUUUUACAAAAAUAAUUUUUUUAAUAAUUUAUUUAUAUUAGUGCCUACCUCCAUUUACUUUUUAGCCUUAUAAGAUUCCCCACUUUAUUUAUUUAUGCUUCUGAAGGCUAUAUCAAUUCCAACAAUAACAGAAGCCAUCAUAGACAGAGUAGAGCUUACAACCAAUUACUGGAUCAUCUAUGACCUAAUCCGUUUGAUUUACGUGAUACUUUACGAAUCGCAUAUCUGUUGUUGUGGAUUAUUCUAUGUAGGACUUUUGAACAAGGAAGCAUCUUGGUUAUUGCAAAAUGACCUAAUCAAUGAAACUUGGAUUAUAAAAUAUCUCAGUACAUUUUAUUGGAGCAUAAUCACUAUGACUACAAUAGGCUAUGGUGAUAUUACACCUUAGAAUUUAUUUGAAAAGUCGUUUUUAAUAUUUGUUGCUAUUUUUUCAUGUUGUACAUUUGGUUAUUCAAUUAAUUGUAUUGGCUAAAUCAUAGGGUAAUUGCAAUCGAAGAAUCACUAAAUUCGAGUUGAUUUGAAUGAUUUAAAAUAGUAUCUUAGAGUUAGGGGGUACAAUAGUAAAUUGUAGAUUAAGAUUCUUAGAUUUUUUGAAUAUUUAUGGAAGGAUUAAAAGAAUGAAAAUCAACUAGAUCUAGUUAAAUUCAACUAACAAUUGCCAUCUCAUUUGCAUAGUGUAAGAUAAAUAAUAUUAUAGGAAAUGAUGAUAGACCUUAACAUGAAAAGUAUAUCAAAGAUUCCUUUUUUCAAAGAGAAUUUUAAUGAGGAUUUCAUAUCAGCUUUGGCAUCUAAGUUUACAGAAGAAAAGUUGGUUCCCUUCAAUACAAUAUUUUCAAAGAAUGAUCCUAGCAAUUUUUUAUACAUCUUAUGUGAUGGGGAAAUUGAAUAUUUUGUAGAAAUUCCAGAGGGUUCUGCUACUAUUUUAAGUAUACAGACAAUAACUGGGUAGGACGAAAUAUUUGGUUAGCAAGAGUUUCUCUUGGAUCAGAAUUAUGAAAUAAGUUGUAGGUCAACUACAUCAUCGAGAAUAUUGAAAAUAUCCAAAAUGGACUUCAAUAUAAUAGCUAAGAAAUUUGGAUAUGAAAAAUAUUGUUAAUUGAAAGAUUUAGUCAAAUUCUCUGGUCGAUUUGAUGAAUUUCAAAUGCAUUGUGUUGGAUGUAAUAAAUCUACACAUAUGCUCUAUUAAUGUCCAAUGCUAACUGGCUUUCCUAAUAAAACCAAAAUAAUCAUUCAAUAUCGUAAGAAUCAAUUGUAAGAAAGGAAGUUCCACACAAGAAAUAACUUAAAAAGAAGAUUGUCAUCACUCAUUUUUGAGGCAUAGAUAUCGGACACUGUGCUUUACUAUCUAUUGAAAGACCCAAAACUAUCCUUAUAGAUCAGUUCAUAAUAUUACAUUCAAACCUUAAAACAGCAGUAGAUGUAAAAAGAGUUAUAAAAUAAUAACUCUAAUUUGCAUAAGCUGCCUAAAGAUGAGGUGAGGUAAACAGGAAGAAAGCAAUCAGUUUUGAAUAUUAAAGGCAGAAAGCAAUCCCAAUAUAUUAAAAGAUUGCCUGAUUUCCUUAAUGGUCAAUUAAAAUGGGAGUAGACAAUGUUUCUAAGAAUGUGCUCUGCAUAACAAUCGGAGACUCCCAGUCCUGAAAGAAAACAAAAUACGAAGAUGAAAACUCAGGAUGAAAUCAAUAUAUUUGAAUAGCAUAGGAUCUCUGCAGAUAUUGCUAAGACUUUGUCUUUCAAAUCCAUGAAUUAAUCAUCUUAGGAUUAGGAAUAACUAAAUUCGGAUACUGAUAGUGUUAAGGAAAAUUCUGAAUUGUCAUAGUAGAAUUCUUCGCUCUCAUAGACGAGCAGUGAAUCUCCUUCAAAAAACUAGAAGGAUGUCAGUCCUGGGAUUGAUCAAAUCACUCAGAUUUAUAUGGAAAUUCGACAAAUUCCAGGAUUUUAUUAAAAUUAUAUGACACAUAUGAAUUCUUCUAAGAUUCUGGAACAACUCAAUCAAUUCAAAGAGACACAGAAUUUUACUGAUUUUAUGAAUGUUAACUUUGUGAGAAAGCGUAGAUCGAAGCGUAGUAAAUUGGUAAUAAAAAUUUGA